GUUCUUGAACAUGGUGCGAACGUACAAGAAGAAAACUGCAAGAGGUAUUAUUCCAAUUGAACAAUAUGAAAGUGCCAUGCAGGCCAUAUUACAAGAAAAAUUAUCAAUUAGAGAUCCUGCUACUCGCUACGGGGUUAAUUUUAUGACGUUACACCGCUAUAUGAAAAGAAAGUUAGCCCUAAACGUUGAAAACAGAAGCAAGUGCUUAGUUGGUUUCCCGCCCCACACAUCUCACAAGCUGCAGCCCCUUGAUCGCACUGUGUUUGGCCCACUUAAAAGAUAUUUUAAUAGUGCUGCAGAUGCAUGGUUAAGAUCUAAUCCAGGUAAAGUAAUGAACAUCUAUGAUAUUCCUACCGUUCUAAGAGAUUCAUUUUCCCUUGCUGUUACGCCUCUUAAUAUACAAAAAGGAUUUAAGGUGACUGGAAUUUGGCCUUUCAAUAGAGAAAUAUUUCAAGAUGAUGAAUUCUUACCCUCAGAAGUAACAGACAGGCCAAAGCCAGAAAAUAUUAACACAUCAAUGGAAAUAAGUCCUGAACCAGAAUUUAAUAGGGAAAACCAAAGAACCCCACAACCUUCUACGAGUUCAGCUUGCAGCUUAUCGUUAGAUAAAUCUGUUGAUUUACUAUCUACUGGUACUCAUAUAACGCCCCGAGAAUUAAAACCUUACCCAAAAGCCAUGCCAAGAAAAUCAAAAGUAGGUCGGAAGAAAAGAGUUUCCGCAAUUUUGACAGACACUCCGAUUAAAUCUGCUUUAGAGGAGGAAGAAAGGACAAGACAAAGAAAAAAAAAUGUGGGAGCAACUAAAAGAAACAUAUCGGGUGAAUUAACAAGUGGGGCAAAGUCUAAAUGUAAGAAACAGAGCGCUAAAAAGACCCUUAAAAAAAUAGAUUCUACAAGCUCAGAAGAGGAUGAAGAAUCGGCAUGUCUGAUAUGUUUAACUCCAUUUUCACAUUCUAGAAAUGAAGAGUGGAUCCAGUGCAUUGUCUGUAAAGGGUGGGCGCAUGUAGGUUGUGGCAAAGAUAUCGAUUUUUAUGUUUGUAUUCACUGCUUGUCCGAUAGUGAUUAG